AAACACCACUUCCAAUAUCGCGCAUCUCUACCUGUACAUACAUGCUCUGGUUGCCUUUCUCCGGCCUCGUCAGACCCCCCAAAGACACAGCCCCCAGCACACCGAACGCCGUCUUACUGGCUGACUCAGGAGAGCUCUCCCUGUAAGCGCGAAGCUAUAUCUAUCCAGGUACCCGGCCUUGCUGCAAUCGGUCGUGUCACUUCCCAACCGAGCCGGCCUCCUAUCAUCCCCCCCUCCUACCCCCCCAGCCUGCCGCCUCCAACAACCUGCGCAGUAUCUGGGUGCUUGUGCCUGCUCACACCGUCCGUCCGAGCCUCGAGCAGGGCAGGGCGCAGCCUUGAUCGUUACACGACGCCGGUGCCUGCAUACGUAAUGCACUUCAACGCUCGGAAAUAGCAUCAUGCUCUCCGGCCUGUCUCUCCUCCUCCCGCCCAAGCCACCGCCGUCUUAUAGACUCAGCUCCGCCCACACCCGAAUAAAACGAAGCCGACAGCGUUGUUUGAAUCACGUCUAAUACUGGCUGUUUUUGAUCUUGAUCGGUGUGUCUCUCGUUUGCUGCGUAUCCACCCCCGAGCCUGAUGCGCCCCUGCAGCCCAAGCCAGCGCGCCUGCAGCAACUCGAGGCUGACUGAGACAGCCCUAUUGUAGUCCUCGCCCAUCAUCCAUAAUUCCGGCAGGACCUCGAAGCAGCCCCUUAAGAAAGGCUACCAGCUCUCCACUUCCCCGGUAUCAACCCUUAUACGACUUGCGCCCCAGAUAGAGCCCCUCACGAGCGCGCCAUAAUGGUCUCCGACGAGACAUACGAGAUCUGCCUGCCAGUCCUCCAGGACUCGGCCAUAGAAGAGGAGGACAAGACGGACAAGCUAGAAGAGCUUUUGAAAAAGGAGACGUCUCUUACCGGCCAGUCCCUGGAGAACGCCGUGCUGGACGUGCUUUGGCGCUAUCGAGAAGGGGGUGGUGGUAACGCCUCUCCCCCCGCCAUCCGCCAGACCAUCCUCAGGAGACCUUCGCCAGCUUCCUUCAGGACAACGGCUACCCCUCUCUCUGGGUCACCCAGGCUCGGUGUCAGCCCCCUCGCACCUCCUGGCUUCGUGCCCUCGUUCAACCGCACUCUGUCCUCGGCCGCCUCCCCCUUUUCCUCCCCGCGCCCCUCGCCCAGGCUGGCUUUCGCGACACCAGCCAUACCUCACAGCCCUAACCUGAACGCCUACGAGUUUGCGAACGACCCAGAGCCGUCGCAAGAAACGUUCGAAGACUACGCCUCCGACAAUGUGGACUGGCUUGUUGGUGACGAUGCUAUCAGUGUCGCGUCCUCCUUUGGGACCUCGAGUGGGUUGAAUGCAAAUGCGCCUGAGUUCUCGUCACAGCAGACCCCCAUGAGGCCGCACGAUGUCCUACGGUCGAUUCUAGGCGAGUCCAGAACCGACGAGGAAAUCAGCCAAGCACUGCUGGUCCACGGCUAUGACCUCGGGGCAGUUCUCAUGUCCAUGAUGGACAACCAAGAUACUUCGGCGACGAGCACGUCAGCCGAAAGCAACGGCUACUUGGUCGGCAAGUCCAUGACACCGGAUGUGCGUCCGACCACACCAGCCGAUCAAAGGUCCGGAGUAAUUUGCAAGUUCUACCUUGCGUCUGGCAGCUGUAUGCGAGCAGAUUGUCGUUUCAGCCAUGACCUGAGCAGCCACAUUUGCAAGUAUUGGAUGUCGGGCAACUGCCUCGCUGGGGAUACGUGCAUCUUCUCGCAUGACCCGGCGCACCUUAUGAACAAGCUCAACGUGGACGGGACAGACACCCCGCCUAAUCAGAAAUCUCCGGCAAACAUUCAGGUCCAGGACUAUUCCAACUUCCCAUCUCUGGGAUCUGGAACUCCCGACUCCAUCCCUGUGUUCACGCCUUCUCUUGGCGUCACUCCUCCCCCCGGGUUCAAGAACAUACACUCCAACGAUCUCCGGCCCCGGUCACGUCCUAGCAGCCGCCAUCAGCAGGGCAAGGAGAAUGCCCAAGCGGCGCCAUCCCUUGACGACAAUGAGGCUUUCCCCAGUCUGGGAUCAGCCGCAGCCAAGCCGGGUAAGAAGCACCACGGGAAGAGAGGCGGUCACGGCCACGGGCCCAAGGAAGCAUACACCCCGAGCUCUCUCGCGGAUAUCGUAAAGAUGUCACCAUCUCCAGGGCCAACCUCCAGGCCCGAUAGUAGGAAGAUGAGUCGAAAUGGAAGCUCCCAGGGUUCGAGGAACGGCGAGAACAGCGCAGCUGCUCAGGCAAUCCCCAGCCCCAAACACAUCCCUUGGCUGGAGACGGGAGACAGCUCCAACAAGGCGUAUCUCAAGGCUCGCCAAGAAGCCAUUCGGCAUAGUGCUCUUAGGAACAAGUUCUUGCAGAAUGCGGCCCAGGCAUGGAACCGGCAGGACGCCCGGCAGGCCAAGGUAUUCAGUCUGCGGGGCCAGAGUGAGAACGACCUCAUGAAGAAGGCACACAGGGAAGCAGCGGAAAAGCUGUACGAAGAGCGCAACAAGAAGAGCUCGUCGAGCCCCGAGAUCUACGUGGACCUGCAUGGCCUGCACGCGGACGAGGCUGUCGAGUAUCUGGAGCGAGUGCUGCUGGAGAACGAGCAUGAGAGCCGGCCGAUCUAUGCCAUCACGGGCACGGGACAUCACAGUAAGAAUGGAAAGGACAAAGUGGGCAAGGCAGUGCGGGGUUUCCUGAACGAGUGGCGGUAUGCAUUCCGUGAAUUCUCGGUACCGGGCGACCGUAACAACAUGGGAGGCAUUCUAGGGGUGGAUGCAAGGAGCUACGACAAGUCGAUAUCGAAGGAGGGUGGUGCAAGCACGAGGAAGGCAGAAGAGGGCGAGGAAGCGGUGGACAUUCUGAGCCAAGGGGUCGAAAUCGGCGACGGCAAGAUGAAGCUGCUGGUGAGGGACACAACGGUCGGCAAAGAGCCGCCUAGAGGACCCCGAGGCGGCCGAUGACAUAUAGAGAGGAAAUGAAGCAAAUAAAAUAAAGCAAAUCCAUAUCAA